AUGGAUAAGCUACAAGAUCCAACUCAAACCAAAUUGAAUCUAAAAAAGGAGUCAAAUGGAGAUACUAGUGUUAAAACAUGGAAACACGAUGAUACAAGGAUCAAAAAAGCAUUACUUAACCUUUUUGUGUUAGGCGAAUUACCUUUCAAGUUCGUUGAAAACGAGGCUUUUGUGGAAUACACCAAUGCACUUAAUGCUAAGGUUGUGUUGCCAUCUAGACAUACAAUAUCCCGAAAUGUUUCCAAAUUUUACAUAGAAGAAAGAACCAAAAUGCUUCAAUUUUUAAGUAACCCAAAGACCACUAUACAUUUGACAACAGACACUUGGACGUCUUCUUGUCAAAGGACUACUUACAUGGUGGUCACGGCUCACUUCAUAGGCGAGAAUUGGAUGAUGCACAAGAGAAUUAUAAACUUUAGGGAGAUAGAUAGCCAUAAGGGAAAGGAUAUGGGCCGAGAAUUACUCGAUUGUAUUCGUGGAUGGGGAAUGAAAAAUGUCAUGACCAUUACCUUGGACAACGCCGCUACAAACGACAAGGCAAUUGACUUUUUGGUCAAAAAGUUGCCCAAUCUUUACGAGGGUGGAAAGCAUUUCCAAGUUAGGUGUAUGGCUCACAUUUUAAACCUUAUCGUAAAGGAUGGACUAAAAUACCAAAACUAUCAUGUUGAGUGUAUCCAAAAGGCGGUACGGUACAUUAGAUUGUCACCACAAAGAAUAAACAAGUUCAAGAAGGCGAUGAAAGAUUGUGACUUACAAACGAAGAAGUUUCUAUGUGGUGACACUCGUACCCGAUGGAACUCGACUUUCGAGUUAUUGAAGUCCGCAUAUGAGUUACGAGAGGCAUUUACGGAAUUUGGCAUAAGAGAUAAAUCAUAUGAAAGGGAUCUCGAUAGAGUACCGGAAAAUUAUGACUUUGAAGUUGUAACCGAAAUGGUGAAAUUCUUUGAAAAAUUCAAAACAAAAACAGAGUUUGUUUCGGCUACAUCAAAACCUUUGGUAAAUCUUUUUAUCAGGGAAGUCUUAGAUGUGGACAUACAUCUAAGAAAGUGA